CUGACGGACGGGUAGUCGGGUCUCUGGCGGCCGGGCCUGGCGACGGCGGCAACAUGGAGAACAGGGCGACAACCAUCAAUGACCUGUUCCUUGCGCUGUACGAGAUGGGCUUUGAGGAGAGGCAGGUGCAGGCUGCCCUCCAGGCUGGGAUCCUCAAUGUUCAAGAAGCCGCAGAGUGGUUGCUGCAAGGGGGAGACAGUGCCAAGCGCAUGCAGGAGCAAGGGGUCUCACCAGCAGGAGCAAUGUCGGCAUUCAACCCACCCCUCGUUCAGCACAGCACCGCGGCCACACAGAGGGGCAGUACAUCCAGCUCUGGGGCACCUCAGCAAGCAUUGCCCCUGUCCAGGAAAAACCGCAACACGAAGGAGUUUGAGGAGCAGCAGAGGGAACUCGAUGCUCAGCAAAUCAAAACCGAGAGGCGAAAGAAACAGAAGGACCAUGAACUUGCAUUGAAGAGAAUAGCCGAUGAUCGGGAAAAUCUGAAGGCAAAGUCACUGCCGGUCAGCCAGCCUGAGCCUCCCCAGCAGGGCCAGAGGUUUGGGGGCAAAGUUCAAACCACGGUGGGAAAACAUUGCAUACUUAUGAUCCGGCUUCCGUGGGGCGAGUCGCUGCGGGAGAGGUUCCGGGAGGAGGACACGCUGCGGAGCGUGACAGAGUACGUGAGGCAGCGUUGUCCCCAGCUGGGCCCUGUCUCCCUGCUCCAGGGAUUCCCCAAGAGACACUUCUCGGACUCAGAGCUGGGCAGCACGCUGGCGGAGCUUGGGCUGAGUCCCACCGCCACGUUGUGCGUGCGGGAUGAGCAGCGGGCAGCUGUCAUUCCCUCGCCACUGCCCCAUGAUGCCUACACGCCGAGGGCAACAGGUAACGCGGGCCAGGUCGUGGCCGAGAAGGGCAGUGCACCUGAGCGCCAGGCAGGAGCCACCCCGGCCCGGCGCCGCUCGCAGCCCCGGUCCACCCCUAACCGGGCCUGGGGGAAGGGCGAGACUCUGGGCUUCCGGGCAACAGACAGCACGCCGGCUUCUGACGCGGAGGAACCUCCCGCUGUCCCGGAACACAGGGACCAGCCCGACGUGAGAGAGGCUCCCAUGGAAUCUCCAUCAAGGUCAAGGUCAAGGUCAACACACAGUUGGGGCCGAGGGCAGAGGCUGGCGGCAACGGGGAGCAGCGGCCGUCCCGAGGAGGAGGAGGAGGAGGAGGAGGAGGAGGCGGAAGAACCCGGCGGGGACAUUGAGGAAGAGGACGCAGAGGAACUCCUCCCACAGCACCUGCUCAUCCCGCCCGCCUUUGACCCAGAAAUAAUCUUCCGCCAAAACGGAAACAGGAUCAGAAGUGGCUUUGAGCCUCGGUAUCAGUGGCCUGAUCAGGGAAACCGCCUGAGGGAGGAACUGGCAGCGGAGGAGACUCGGAAGCAGCAGGAUCUGCCCAGCGUCCUGGCUCAGGCAGCCCUGGAUCGGUUGAACAGGGCAGCCGAGAGUCCGCCCCGCCUCGCGCCGCUGUCCGCGCAGAAGAAGCUGUGUCGAGCCACGCCAGUACCCUCGCUGUUCAACCUGGCAACCGGUAGUGCAGUCGCUCUGAUGGCAGCGCCCAGCAUGCAGUACAGCCGCAGCCUGGCCUGCCUGACGCCCGAGCUGGCCGAACACCUCCUCCUCUACGUCAUCAACCAGCGUCUCCUGCGCCCCAAGUCCUUCGAGAUCUUCUUCGGCUGCCAGAUCCAGAGGCUGGUGCUGGACUGCUACCCCUACGCCACCAACGACCUCCUGCGGCAGCUCCGAGCCUUCCACUCACUCAGGCACCUUAGCCUCUCCUCCUGUUCCCUGGUCACAGAUUCCGGUUUGGAGGUGCUGUCUUCCUUGCACAGAUUGCAGCACCUGAACCUUGCGGCCUGUGCGAAACUUACCAACAACUGUCUGUGCAGCAUUAAAGGUCUCAAUUGCCUUUCUCAUCUAAUCCUGGACCAGACCAAAGUAAGCGACUCGGGAAUGAUGGAAUACCUGGCUGUUGCCCCAGCAACGCUCGUUCACCUCAGUCUAAAUCAGACAGCCAUCAGUGAUCGGGUGUUGUCCGCCUUGCCAUCUGCCGUCCCACAGCUUCGUCUCCUCAGCAUCAAACAUACCAAGGUGUACGAUGUUUCAGCCCUGAAGGAUCUGCUGUCUCUUCAGACCCUGCAUCUGGACAACACGUGCGUCACUGAGAGCUCCCUGCGCACACUGGGCUCUCACUCCACUCUCUCCUCUCUCAGUCUGUGUGGCCUGCACACCCCCAGCGGAGAUGUCACACUGCAGAUUAUCUCAGGUCUAAAGCUGACUCACCUGAAGCUCCCGGACAGGCAUUCAGUCAGUGACUCUGGUCUCUGUUUCCUGUCUCUCUUGGAGCGACUGACGGAGCUGGACCUGACGGACUACACACAGGUGACGGACGAGGGGGUCAGCCACCUUGCUCGGCUUCUGAGGCUGACCAAGCUGUCGCUGAGCAACACGCUGGUGACAGACGCUGGCCUGGUUCACCUGCAGCCUCUCAAGUACCUGGAAGAGCUGUGCCUGGAUCGCACCAAUGUUGGCAGCAAGGCAGUGGCCCAGUGCAUCCGGACCCUGCCCCAUUUACAGGUGCUGGGCUUGGCGUCGACCCGCGUGGGGGACAGUGUGGUGGCACAGGGGCUGCUGUUCUGCACCCAGUUGCUCAAGGUCAACCUCAGCCGCACACGCAUCACAGAUCGAGGUCUGAGGUACCUGAGUCAGACCAAGGUGGUGCAGGUGAAUCUCGACGGGACGGGUGUGACGGUGCAUGGUGUCAGCGGACUGAUGGCAAACUGCCCCGGCAUCACCAGCAUCCGCGCCAACAGCCUCCGCACCCUGCCCCCGGACCAAGCCUCCGACGAAGAGAUGGUGGCUGAGGACUGACAGGAGGCCAGGAGUGAGGGGAGGAUGCGGAGUAGGGGGGAGGAUGGGGCGAAUAUCCCACCUGUCCCGAGACUAAGUGAUGGGGCAGUGUAGAGAGAGCUCCACACGCCAAACUUGCUUUGGGAGUGGGUGACGGGGCAGUGGAGCAGGAACAUUACCCUGUAUCUAACACUUGUUUUUGUUACUCCUGGGAAAUACACAGGGAAUUCUAUCACCUUAUCUGGGAGUGUGUGACGGGACUGUGCUGAGGGAGCUUCAUUCUGUGUCUGACCCCAGGCGUGUGUGAUGGGAUGGUAUAGAGGGACAUUCACUCUGUGUCCUCUUCCCUCUCCUGUAAAUCCCCAUCUCCCCCACCCUCUCCCCACCAGACAGUCUCUCCCACUGUUGGCCCCCUGAAGUCUCCCCACCACACCCUCCCCCAGCCUUGAUACCCUACACUGCCCACGUCGCCCCUCACCCAUUUCCCCACCACACUCGCCCCCACCCCUACCCGUGGCAGCCAGUAACUCUUCCCAAUCUCCCCCACCCCUCUCAUCACAUUCGUCUGUCCCCAUCCCUCUCCCCAUGGUACACUCUUCCCCCUGCCGCCAUCCUAAGCACCCCAUAACUCUCCCCCACCCUUUUCCCCACCUCCCUAGCACGCACUCUCCUUCUCCACACCACUCUAAAUCUGCCCCCCCUCCACACUGCCACCCCUCCCCCCCCCCCCCCCCCCCCCCCCCACUUCACUGGCCCUUCCCUCUCACCACACCUCCUCCCUUCUUCCCACCACACUGGCCCUCUCCCCACUUCACUGGCCCUCCACCUGUCCCCACCACACUGGCCCUCUCCCCACCACACUGGCCCUCUCCCCACCACACUGGCCCUCCACCUGUCCCCACUCGUGUCCCAUUGUGGAGACCACACUGAAUCACUGACGUUUCCUGACCAAGCCUCUUUCUGCCACCACCCCUCGCUGCAUGCCUCCAAUUACUCCCCACACUCAAGUGAGCCACAACAUCCCAGAGUGCUUUCGAAUAGAAAUGACUGCUGUAAACUCUGAAAGCAACCAGGUAAUUAUUGUACAGAGUUCUGCAUGGGAUGGAAUGUGUGAAUAAACACGUUGAUGUUUGUGAGCAGUU